AUUAACUUGUGUUUUCAACACCAUGAUAUCUUGGCUGCGCAUAACUUAGUAAACUUUCAGCCAGUCUUAUUCUCGACUGCAAUAUAAAAUAAAAACUACGACAACACAUAUUCACACAUAUGUAUAUCAGUAGUUUUCUCAUAUCGAUACACUUGAACUAUUGAAUGUCGCCCCUUAAGUCACGCGCUGCUGUGAUGCACUGUGAUUGGUUGAUUCUGUGUAAACACAUGAUGGUGACCUCCUUCUGCUUUCAUAGGGGAGUAAAGCUUGGCGAGUCCGAGGAAGCUUUCUGAAAAUGACAUGUGUUUCUGUGUUUCUGUCAUUGGGUUUAUUUUUAUUAUCGCUGCGCCAUACAAUCGGGGCGGAACUCGCUUUGUGGAAUAUACUAAUCACCGAUAAUUUGCCGCAGGAAUUCGUUUUUCGUAAGACUCUGUAUUCCAACACCACCAUCUCCUUGAACUUUCAGGGAGAUUUGGCAACAUGUGACCAGAAAAAGUUGGCCUUUAAUGUUACUUGGUAUCUUCGCUCAUCCAUCUGUUACAAUGAAGUAUUCAGCACUCCUGACAAUGCAGCAGAGGCCAUGUUUGGUCGGGAUCACAUGUUAAAGGAGGACUGGAGUGGCUUCUAUAGCCAAGGCUAUGUCUACUUUGAUAGCUGUUCAGCUCUCUUCACCCCUAAGAUUUUCUAUAAAGAAUUUCAGCCGUUUCUACCUCUCAUGCCUCAAGAGGGCAAGAGCAUUAACCAGACCAGAUAUGUAUUGGAAGAUAAACCGCAUCUUAACGAGGCUGCCAAAUCAUGGUCAGACAGUCCCUAUAUGUUUAUUGUGAAGUUCCAAACACUGCAACAUCUAGAUGCCAGUAGAGGGCGCAAAGAGACAGAGGAUGGGGAUGCAACUAGCGAUUUAAUUGACCAUUUGUCAAUUACAAUGACAGUAAAAAUGAAGGGUUCUCAUGACUACUCUUCACCAGCUGACUGGCCUCUAAUGAUGUUCUUCAUGACUAUGUGCAUCGUGUAUGUGCUGUUCGGUGCUUUGUGGCUCCUCUGGCUGGCCUGUUAUUGGCGCGACCUGCUCAGGAUCCAGUUUUGGAUCGGCGCUGUGAUCAUCCUGGGCAUGCUGGAAAAAGCAGUGUUUUACUCUGAGUACCAAAGCAUCACAUACCAUGGAGCUUACAACAAAAGUGCUGUUAUCUUUGCCGAACUGCUGUCUGCACUGAAAAGAUCCCUAGCUCGGAUCCUCUUGAUCAUUGUCAGUCUGGGUUAUGGCAUCGUGAAACCCAGGCUCGGGACUACAGUACCCAGGCUAGUGGCUGUAGGGGUGCUUUAUCUGAUUUUCUCUUCUGUGGAGGGUGUUCUUAGGGUAACAGGGGGCUUCUAUGGCACAGUAGCUCUGAUUGCCAGUCUCAGUCUCUCUCUUACAGAUUCCUGUGUCAUUUGGUGGAUUUUCAUCAGUCUGUCUCAAACGACUCGGCUACUAAAGCUGCGCAGAAAUGUGGUGAAGCUUUCAUUAUACCAGCACUUUACCAACACACUCAUCUUCUCUGUUGUGGCCUCCAUCAUAUUCAUGAUAUGGACGACCAGACAAUUGAAGUUUGUGGACUGUCAGUCAGGCUGGAGAGACUUGUGGGUGGACGAUGCUUUCUGGAGGCUGCUCUUCUCCACCAUUCUGCUGGUCAUCAUGGUGUUGCUACGACCCUCGGUCAAUAGUCAAAGAUUUUCUCAUUCCCCACUAAUUGAUGAGGAUGAUGAUGAAGAUGCAAAGGAGCCUAUGCUAAAUGAAGCAUUUGAGGGAAUGAAAAUGAGAGGAGCAAAGUCUGACGCAGACAGUCAGAAAUUCUUCAACAAAGACAUCUCCCAGGAUGAAGACCUGAAAUGGGUGGAAGAGAACAUUCCUACAUCUGUGGUUGAUGUAAAUCUGCCUGCGAUGCUGGAUGACGAAGAGGAACUUCACAAAACCAAGCUGGAGAGAUCUAAGAUGGAAUAGGACAAUGGAAAAGAAAGCAUGAUUGAUUUCAUCAUGGUAGCUAAGGACUUUCUGAACAAUAUAAAAUGUGAUUUAAUUAGGGUCCAUGACUUGAGGUAAAUAUUUAUAUUAUUUAUAUGAGUGCAAAAACUGGAAGUGGGUCUUUCGCCAGCUGGUGAACUUCAAAUAAAGUUACUGGUGAUUAGAAUUCUUAAUUUGUAAUUCUGGCUAAUAUUGACUUUCAUAUUGUACAUCUCACAUUAGAAGAGAGGACUGAAGCCAUUCUUCUAACAUGCACUCUGCACUUAAACAGGAUGUAAGAAGGAAAUUCAGAUUUUUCUGAUGUAAGCCUGUAAGUGCUACAGUUAUGUAGCCUGCUGUUAAGGACAAUAUGAGCCCCAGCUUUGAAACUGUCCUCUCAGUGGAAUAUUUUGCUCCUCUUUUUUCCACUCACGCUUAGCAGUGAAUAAAUCUUACAAGAAUAGUGCUGAUAUUUACAAGAAAUGUAUUUACAAAAAAACAAUUGACUAGAAAUGACUCUACAAACAUUUAUUCAAAUAUCUCUAAUUAUUUUUAUAGAGUAUAUUUCAUAUCACUUGAGAUAUGCUUCAUACACAGGCAGGAAUAACAGAAAGAUCCUGAAAAUAAUAAACGUCAGCUCUUCAGCUACAAAGACUUGCUAGCAAUACACUCCGCUUCAAUGUGUUUAGGUAUGGGUUUAAAUCUUUGGCCAAAUUUGCACAACAUGCUCACAAAUUGCCUUCUUUGUUUAGCAAUUCAGGUCACUGGAAAUAAUAAAUGAUUAUGUCUAUUAAUUUUGUGUUAAAGAGCUUAUAUACAGAUAUUUUUUACAUAACUGAGGAGCAUUAUUUUGGGCUUAAGUUAUUUGUUGAUAUGGACAUUUUUAUAUUUGUAUUGCCUCAGCUGCAAACAGGUGAUAGGAAAAAUAAGUCUCAGUGUUUUUCUUCUGUUCAUACGUGAGUCUGAACUUCAUCCUCCAGUUGAUUCUCUAUUUACUGAUGCCUUUUACAUAGAUCUAAAUGCAGAUGUCACUAACUAAAGCUUCUGCAGCCUGUACUCCAAUAAUGAAACCUUGUGCAGAGACACUCAGAUCUUUUUUUCUUGCCACGCUGAUCUAAAGAAGGUGUCCAGACUUAUCCAGUAAGGGCCAGUGUGGGUGUAGGUUUUCAUACCAAUCAAGCCACACCUGAUUCCACCUGUUAAAUUAGAUAAUCUUGGCUUUUAAUAGACUCGGAUGUAGCUUCUGCUUGGUUGGAAUGAAAACCUUCACCCACACCCCUGCUCUUAAUUUAUGGUGAGGUGUGCCUGCUCAACAUUUUUAUACAUGCCACAGUGCAUCGUAAAUUAUAAAACACAUCUGAACUCAUUAUUAUGGUUCUUCCUUUGGUUUACUUUUAAAUGUCACGGUGUGAAUGAAUUAUUGAAUGAUAUUAAAUGAUU